ACUUUAUAAAUAUGCCAGCUAAUUAUUUAUUUUAUUCAUUAUUCCUCCAGAAAUGAAAAGAGUGUAAUGUCUCUAAACAAGGCAAUAAAAUGUGGGCAAUAAAAUCUGCAAAUAAUGAAUAUUUGCAGAUUUUAUAUACAUAUUCAUUACCCUGUCUGGGCAUAGUUAGAUCUGGGCUUCCAAAGCUUUAGGUUCAGAUCCUUUGCUACAUUUUUUAAAAAGUACUCAAACUCAGUUGCAUAUCCCUUGGUCCGACAUUCAUAUUUCUAUUUUAUUAAGUUAGACUCAUACAAUGAAACAAUGACUGAUCUGAUGUCUUCAGUCCCAGACAUUGUUUCAUUGAUAAAACAGUGUUGCUUCAGUCAUAAAAUAAUUGUCAUGCUCAAAGACCUUUUGCUGAUUAUCAUGCACUAUUGGCUUCAUAGUCAUUCAGUGUUUUCCCAUCAGUUAUUAAAAUCGAUGUAUCAAGAAGGGAAGAUGUGAGUUUCCCUCAACUCCACCCAUCUGAUAACUAUGGGAGGAGCACAGCUGGAUGUUUAUAAAGUGGAUCUCCUGGGCCUGCUGACCCACACCAGACAAAGGAAACAACCAAACCAAAACUCCAAAAUGGUCAAAUGGUCAGACUUCGAGCGUGCCGCCAUCCAGGACAUCUUCUCCAAGAUCAAUUAUGAUGUUGUUGGCUGUGCAGCUCUCUCCAGGUGUCUGAUUGUCUACCCCUGGACUCAGAGGUACUUUGGCGGCUUUGGAAACCUCUACAACGCUGCGGCCAUAACAUCAAACCCCAAAGUGGCGGCUCACGGAAAGGUCAUCAUGGCAGGUCUGGAGAAAGCUGUGAAGAACAUGGACGACAUUAAGACCACAUACAAAGACCUGAGCGUGCUGCACUCUGAGAAACUGCAAGUGGACCCCGACAACUUCAACCUCCUGGCAGACUGCCUGACCAUUGUUGUAGCUGGUCAGAUGGGGGCAGCCUUCACCCCUGAAGUCCAUGGAGCUUUCCAGAAGUUCCUGGCCGUGGUGGUGGCCUCUCUGAGGAAGCAGUACCACUAGAGAGUCUCAGCCAGGAUGCUCUCAAGAUCUGUUUCUCCUCAUUUUUAGAAGGAGGAGGCUAUGAAUGAUUAGAUAAAUAAAUUAGCACAUUUAACAAAUUA